UGCUUCUUCUUGUUUUCCUUUCCUCAUCAUCGGUACAAAAUCCCCUAAUUUCUUGAAGUCAUAAUUGAUGGUCACGUACGAAUUUGAAUUCAGUCAACUAAGGGAAAUUGUGGAAAGCCCAAGACGAAGAAGGAGCCCAAGUGGUUUUGUUGUAUUGAUUGAACUUCUCUGAAUCGUUGGUGUUGGCGGCAGUGGGGGAACUCCUUAUAAUUGAAGGGACAACGCUUACGGAUUGCUGCUUAGAAGUCCUUGCAAUGUCUGAAACAGAGUCGAUGAUAGUGGAGGAGGAAGAAAACCGGUCCAAUCCGACCGGCGGAGCCGCAGCAGAAGCUGCCAUGAACGAUGAGCAGCAAUCAUACGCGUGGCCAGUGAUUCAAUUCAACUCCCCUCCGCAGAGGACUUACCAUUUCUACAACCAGUUUCGGACUGGUCCGAACCCUAACAACUUCUUCAAGGGCGUGAAAUGGUCACCUGAUGGGUCGUGUUUUCUAACGAGCUCCGAGGACAAUAGUCUUCGCAUAUUCAACCUACCAGAUUACGGCAACGAUGUUCCCGUCAACGUUGCGGCUGAAGAGGAUUCUUUUACUUCCAACCUCAUGGUGGGUGAGGGGGAGUCAGUUUAUGACUUCUGUUGGUAUCCUUACAUGUCAGCUUCAGACCUUGUAACCUGCGUCUUUGCAAGUACCACACGUGACCAUCCAAUUCAUCUCUGGGAUGCUGUGUCAGGGGAGCUGCGCUGCACAUAUCGAGCUUAUGAUGCCAUGGAUGAAAUUACUGCUGCCUUUUCAAUUGCAUUUAAUCCAGCUGGAACCAAAAUAUUUGCUGGAUACAACAAAUUGGUGAGAAUAUUUGAUUUGCAUCGGCCUGGUAGAGAUUUUGGGCAGCAUUCAACGCUGCAAGGAAAUAAAGAAGGUCAAACAGGCAUCAUAUCUGCAAUUGCUUUUUCUCCUACACAUAGUGGAAUGCUUGCCUUGGGUUCUUAUAGGCAGACAACUGGAAUCUAUAGGGAAGACAAUAUGGAAUUGUUAUAUGUUCUACAUGGUCAAGAAGGUGGAAUUACACAUAUCCAAUUUUCAAAAGAUGGAAAUUAUCUCUACACUGGAGGUCGAAAGGACCCGUAUAUACUUUGCUGGGAUAUUCGCAAAUCUGUAGAUGUUGUAUACAAAUUAUAUAGAUCAUCUGAACAUACCAACCAACGGAUAUUUUUUGAUAUUGAGCCAUGUGGGCAACAUCUUGGCACAGGUGGUCAGGAUGGUUUUGUUCAUGUAUAUGAUCUUCAAACUGGGCAGUGGAUAACAAGUUUUCAAGCAGCACAAGACACAGUUAAUGGGUUUUCUUUUCAUCCAUUUAUGCCAAUGACUGUCACUUCGUCAGGUCACCGAAGAUUUAUAGGACCUGACAACUACGAUGAGGAUUUUUGUUUACGUGGUGAUGAAAAUUGUGCUUCUGUUUGGAGUUUUGAUUUUGCUUCAUUAGGAAAUGGUGAUGCUAUCAACACCAAUUGACAGCAGAAUUCAAGCCGAGGUCUGAAUGAUUUUUUUUUUGUUUAUUGUAAUUCUAGCUUGCAUAAACAUUCUCAUGAAAUCUGCAAUCGAACUGUACAGCUGCGUAAUUAUCAAAAGACAUUAUGUGUACUAGAGCUGUCUAAUUUUGAUUUUGCGUAAAGGCUUUGAGGUACCGUUAUUGACGUUUAUACUAAAUUAAUGUAUAAACUACUUGAAUCUUAGUACAUUCUUGGAACAUAUAAUUUCAAGACAUUCCCAAUUAGGAAUCUUGCAGGCUCUCUGUGUGUCUUAGUCUUCACGUCAAACAUGCAGAGGGGAACAGAUGCUUCUUAGCCUUGAUGUUUAAUAAAUAGGUUCAUUCUGAAGCGAGGAAAUAUGUGUGUUCUACAUUUUGAACACCGCAGGAAGAGGAAGAUAUUGGUACUCAUGAAAUGUAUUUUCACAAAUUUUAUAUGUUCUAAUUUUUCAUUAAAAAGCCAAUGUUUAAAUCGGCGAAAGCCUAAAUGUAUAUAUUAAAAACUAAAGAUUACAAGAAA